CGGGGCGAUGGAGCUGAGCAUGAAGAAGUUCACGGUGCGCAGGUUCUUCUCCGUCUACCUGCGCAGGAAAUCGCGCUCCAAGAGCUCCAGCCUGAGCCGGCUCGAGGUGGCUGUGGAGAAACGAGGAGGCCAGACUUCUACUGCUGCAGUCAUCUGUGACCACAGUCUCCAGCCUCAGGAUGAGUCACUAGACAGAAGGGGCAGAGAUGGGAAACUGGAGAGAAAUGAGAUCAGAGCCCUGAGCAGCUCAAGCCUGAAGUCCGUGUCGUCAGCAUUGCUGAAGAAGGCAUCGUGAAAGAGAUCGACAUUAGCCACCAUGUGAAAGAAGGCUUUGAGAAGGCAGACCCUUCCCAGUUCGAGCUGCUGAAGGUUUUAGGACAAGGAUCCUAUGGAAAGGUGUUCCUGGUGAGGAAGGUCACAGGAUCGGACGCUGGCCAGCUCUACGCCAUGAAGGUCCUGAAGAAGGCCACCUUGAAAGUGCGGGACCGGGUCCGAUCGAAGAUGGAGAGGGACAUCCUGGCAGAAGUGAACCACCCUUUCAUUGUCAAGCUGCACUACGCCUUUCAGACUGAAGGCAAGCUCUACCUGAUUCUAGACUUCCUUCGGGGAGGGGACCUCUUCACCAGGCUUUCCAAAGAGGUCAUGUUCACUGAGGAGGAUGUCAAAUUCUACCUGGCUGAGCUGGCCUUGGCGCUAGACCACCUCCAUGGACUGGGGAUUAUCUACAGGGACCUGAAGCCAGAGAACAUCCUCCUGGAUGAAGAGGGACAUGUUAAGAUCACAGAUUUUGGCCUGAGCAAGGAAGCCAUCGACCACGACAAGAGAGCCUAUUCAUUCUGCGGGACGAUUGAAUACAUGGCACCCGAGGUGGUGAACCGGCGAGGACACACGCAGAGUGCAGACUGGUGGUCCUUUGGUGUGCUCAUGUUCGAGAUGCUCACGGGGUCCCUGCCAUUCCAGGGGAAGGACAGGAAGGAGACGAUGGCCCUCAUCCUCAAAGCCAAGCUGGGCAUGCCACAGUUCCUCAGCAUGGAGGCCCAGAGCCUGCUGAGGGCCCUCUUCAAGCGGAACCCCUGCAACCGGCUAGGCGCUGGCAUCGAUGGAGUGGAGGAAAUUAAGCGUCACCCAUUCUUUGUUACCAUAGACUGGAAUAAGCUGUACCGGAAGGAAAUCAAGCCACCCUUCAAGCCAGCAGUGGGCAGGCCUGAGGACACCUUCCACUUUGACCCCGAGUUCACAGCAAGGACACCCACAGAUUCCCCUGGUGUUCCCCCAAGUGCCAAUGCCCAUCACCUCUUCAGAGGAUUCAGUUUUGUGGCCUCUAGCCUGGUCCAGGAGCCCUCACAGCAAGACCUACCUAAGGCCCCAGUUCACCCAAUUGUACAGCAGUUACACGGGAACAAUAUCCACUUCACUGAUGGCUAUGAGAUCAAGGAGGACAUUGGUGUGGGCUCCUACUCAGUGUGCAAGCGGUGCGUGCACAAGGCCACCGACACCGAGUACGCUGUGAAGAUCAUUGAUAAGAGCAAAAGGGACCCAUCGGAAGAGAUUGAGAUUCUUCUGCGGUACGGCCAGCACCCAAACAUCAUCACCCUGAAAGAUGUCUAUGAUGAUGGCAAGUACGUGUACCUGGUAAUGGAGCUGAUGCGAGGCGGAGAACUGCUGGAUCGUAUCCUCCGUCAGCGGUGCUUUUCUGAGCGUGAGGCCAGUGAUGUGCUGUGCACCAUUGCCAGGACCAUGGACUACCUGCACUCCCAGGGGGUGGUACAUCGUGACCUGAAGCCGAGUAACAUUCUGUACAUGGAUGAGUCUGGAAAUCCCGAAUCCAUCCGCAUCUGUGACUUUGGGUUUGCCAAGCAGUUGCGAGCAGAGAAUGGCCUGCUUAUGACCCCCUGCUACACAGCGAACUUCGUGGCCCCUGAGGUCCUAAAGCGGCAAGGCUAUGAUGCAGCCUGUGACGUCUGGAGCUUGGGAAUCCUGCUCUACACCAUGUUGGCAGGAUUUACUCCUUUUGCCAACGGACCGGAUGACACUCCUGAGGAGAUCCUGGCGAGGAUUGGCAGCGGGAAGUACGCCCUUUCUGGCGGGAACUGGGACUCCAUAUCUGACGCCGCGAAAGAUGUGGUGUCCAAGAUGCUCCACGUGGACCCACAACAGCGCCUGACAGCAAUUCAAGUGCUGAAACACCCAUGGAUUGUGAACAGAGAGUACCUGUCCCAAAACCAGCUGAGCAGACAGGAUGUUCACUUGGUGAAGGGCGCCAUGGCAGCCACGUACUUUGCUCUGAACAGGACCCCACAGGCCCCGCGCCUGGAGCCUGUGAUGUCAUCUAGCCUGGCCCAGCGCAGAGGUAUGAAAAGACUCACAUCCACGAGGUUGUAGUGGCCAGCCUAGCCUGCCCACCAGCCUCGGCCUGCCACCCAGCAUCCUCUCAGGCUCAGAGACUCCAGACAUGGGUCCUUGUUCAUGGGGACCUGCACCACCAUGAGUCCAGCACAAAGACGGAUCUGGCCUUGGCUGUCUCUGUGGUUCCUUCACAGCCCUGGAGAGGGGCCUGCCCAGGAUGUCUGAGCCUUGCUGAGCCAACCUCACCGCCCGCUCUCCUUUCCUCCUGAGCAAAACCAAACGAACCUGCUACCUUGCAGUACUUUCUGGAGCCCCACCCGGCUCCCUCAGAGCUUUCAGUCUUUUCAUAGCGUGGCUUAUGUUUUCGCAGAGCACUUUUUUGCCGUUCUGAACUCAGCUAAGUGGUCAGCCUCCCACACAGGGGUCCUGCUAUCUCACUGAGAACAUCAGUGCAGGGUCCCUGCCAGGGAGCCGCAGAGCCCCUGGGAGAGCCUGACUCUCCUGGAUGUUCUGGUGUUGCCAGUGGCCGUGUGAUGGCAUCCAGCUUAGAUGCCUGGUCCUGUCCAAAAUCACCCAAAGAGUGUCCCUCGCUGUCCUCUGGUCCACAACAAGAUCCCUGUAACUUCUUUACACCUCGUUACUGACUUGUCAGGAUGAAAGAUCCCAACCCACGUCAAGAUGGGCAUGUCUACUUUGUGAGGGUUGAGAGAGGAGCCCCAGGGAGUUUCCAGGUGGAGCUGGUGCCCACUACACAGUGAAACCUAGCCUUCAGGUCCCAGGGACUCUGGAGGGUGUGAGGCUCUGCCAUUGGCCAGGUGUCCUGGCAGCAUGGCACGUUUCUGCCCGAGGCGAUGGUGGUGUUGGAUUCACUCCUGUUUUCCUGGUCUUCAGAGAAACCGAAGAUGGGAACUGCAGCUUUGCCCUCUCCAGCCCUUCCUUAGCUUGACUGGGGACAGGAGAGACACCUGGUCCCCUUGGUCUCGGGGCAGGAAGGGCCAGGACAGUUGAGUGACGCACUUUUAGAAGCUGUGGUUUGUGUUGCGUUUGUGUUUUUGUUCUGUGGCUCUGCUUUUAACUGGCAUUUCAGUGGUAGUGUUUUCAGGAUGUGGUCUGUGCACAGGAGCGGUGUGGCACUGGGUGGCUUUGUACCCUUCCUGGGGCAGUAGAAUUGAGUGGAACCUUCCUGCAUGGCAGGUGGUACUCAGCCUAGACCUGGACCUGGCUGAGGGUUUGUGUGUCCUCCAGCCUCUCCUCAGGGUGCCAAGGGCCCUCCAUAGUGGUCUCUCCAUUCAGAGGACCCUCCACUGUGUCUCCGAGCCCACCAUCUGAGGAGCAGCCCCUGUGCCUGGUGAGCAUGGGAGGCACCUGUUGGUUACAGCAGGCUUGCUGUAGGAGGGCCACAAAUGGAUCAUAACUUCUUUUUCCUCCAUCUCAAUUAGCUCUAGGGCCCAAUACCUCCCCCUCCCCAAAUACAGCAUUUGGGACACAAUUCCUUAGGUUGGCCUAAUUGCUUCAGAUCUCAAGAUAUAAACUUGUUUCACAAGCUUUAAUUAUCCCAUGAGACUUUUUUGUUUUGAAAAUUAUAAAACACAAAAAGUAGGGACAGACACAUUCCGCUUCAUGUGGCCCUGGGCAGUUCUUAUAUUUUCUCAAUGAAAAAUGAUUUGUCUCCAGGGUGAAAUCUUUCCUCCAUUCAUUUUGCUUCUUAAGUCCAAAUUCUUCCAUUUCUUGAUAGAAUUCUAGACAGGAAAAAACAAAAUAGUGAGUCAUCCUUAGGUGACAGGCUCUGCCCUCCUAGAAAUGAGCUCUUUCGCCCUCUGCUGGCCUCCCAGGCGCGGGUUCUCCACAGUUGCCCAGCCUUCGCCUGGCUUUGUUUGUGCAGUUGUUUGUGGCUUCAAGUCUGUGAGUUUGAUGAAGGGAAAGAAUGAGAGGACAUAGAAGACAGAUGGGGGAAGUAGAGCAGGAGCUGGAUGUGUCCACGCCGUCCCGUCACCUCCUCUUUUAGCAGUGCCAGGUUAUCUGCCUUACUCUCAGCCCAAGCUGGCCAAAGGGACAGAGGAGGUUGUCACCCCAAGCUCCACCCCUGAGGUGUCUGUGAAGCAUGUCUGCAGAGGCUCUACUGAGAGUCUGAAAUACCUCCGCUUUCCCACCCUCACCCAGCAUAGAGCGAUACUUGAAAUCUCCCACAGGAAGUCAGCUGAAGAGCUCGUGAUGGGAUUGUCUUAAGCUCUAUUCUUUAACCACAGGCAGCUGCGGCCUGUGAGCAGCACAGUGUGAAACUGAAGUGUCACUAGUGUUUUCUUUCCAGUCCGGUGCACCCUCACCCCACAUGAUGAAAGGUCCCUGUGCUCUGCACAAGUGACCCAGGCUUCCCAGCAGCCCUUGCUGCUCAUCAGUGUGUCAUCACCUCUCUGGAUCAUAGAAGCCACAGAAUUUGUCAGGGGAAACCCCAGCCUACAUCCCAGGCCAGCCCACAGCAGUCCCUCUCUGGCCACCCUACUGGCAGCUCUCGCCUGUUUGAAAUGAGAACCUGCUGAGUUCUCACUGAAGGGAGCCUUGCUGGAUUCCACCCAAAGGUCAGUGCAGGCAAGACGGGAUCCGCUCCCAUCCUAAGGAGGGAAUGGGUAUGGUUUUAAACUGGGCAUUGAUGUUUGGAUAUGUGGCUUUUUGAGUAAGGACAGUUUCUAAUGUCAGCAGUAUUGUUCAUUAACUGGUGUUCGGAGAGAUGCCCUUUGGGGUUUUUACCUUACGCUGUACUGAUUCUCUCAAGCACAUGAGAUGUGUUAUGACUCUUCAUUCCCUCUCUGACAUGUUCUGCUACCCCUUACUGCCUGUGCAAGAGCUGUAAAAAUCAUGGAAUGGGAAAGGACGCUGCAGGGCUGUGCGUGGUAGAGAAGGUGGAAGGCACGGCCGGCAUGUCUCAUCUGUCCCUGUGGAACACGCCUGUCCACCUGCUCCCCGCCUCACACUGCGUUUACAAACUCGGCAGUUACGUUUACAGGUCAUUCCAUGUUCACACUUUGUUUUGAGACGGGCGGCCACUGUACAGAUAUUUAUUAUGCUUUCCAGAAUUUCACAAGAGAUUUUUUGAAUAAACAUGAGUUUUAUGAAGUGUAAUAUCUUCCUGGAAUAAUGAGACCUCUGCACUCUCUAUGCUGCUACUAAUAACUGUCCAUGGUCCAGCUCCUGGCUCCUCUGCCUCCUCCCGUGUCCAGGUCACUGUGAGCUGUCACUGCAGGGCACGUCAUGAGGAGGUGGAACAGCAUCACGUC